CAGUUUGAGGAUCGUGACGUGGUGAUUGGUCACUCAACUGCUUCUUGAUAAUUAGCAAGUUAGCGCAAACUACAUCGUGAUUAGAUCGCUGGGCGUCUUUUGUACAUACUCAAGAGGUUUAAUUUAAGUGGAAUAAGAAGUUUAUUCGGUUGUUUUGACGAAACUCAAACUGUUUGUUGCCGAUUUGUCUGAUCAGCAUAGACGGUGUGUGAUUGACUGACUGAUCCGGCGGCAGCAUGAGACUCUACAGCCUCAGCAUCCUCCACAAAGGAGCAACCAAAGCCAACCUCCUCAAAGCGGCCUACGACCUGUCAUCCUUCAGCUUCUUCCAGCGCUCCAGUGUUCAGGAGUUCAUGACCUUCACCAGUGCCUUGAUUGUUGAACGAACAUCUCAAGGAAGCCGUGCCUCUGUCAAAGAACAAGAGUACCUGUGCCAUGUGUAUGUGAGAAAUGACAACCUGGGAGCUGUGGUCAUUGCAGAUACUGAGUACCCACAGAGAGUCUGUUUCACAUUGCUGGACAAGGUAUUAGAGGAGUUCUCCAGACAAGUGGACAGUAUAGAUUGGCCCUCUGGUAAUCCUGAAACCAUAACCUACAAAGCCCUAGAUAUUCACCUAGCUAAAUAUCAGAACCCCAGAGAAGCAGAUGCAAUGACCAAAGUGCAGGCAGAGCUGGAUGAGACAAAGAUCAUUUUGCACAACACCAUGGAAAGUUUGUUGGAAAGAGGAGAGAAACUGGAUGAUCUUGUGGCGAAGUCGGAGCACCUGGGAAACCAGUCCAAAGCCUUCUACAAGACUGCACGGAAACAGAACUCGUGCUGUGAAAUCAUGUGAUGUCGCUGCCUCGUCCUUGUGGACACACCUGUCUCUGCCUUUCUGCUUGUCCUACAUCUCCCAUCAUGCACCAGCUCUCAACACAAAGGACAGAACUGACGCUGUCUAAUCCGGGAUCCUAUCCAGAUUGUGACUGAUGGGGGCUGAAGGAGUGAUGGGGUUUGGUCAGAGGAAGAAGUAACAUUUGAAUUCUUUUUAACCUUUCAAAGGGUAAUCAUCUGUGCGGUGUUUCAAUACCAGCUGAGGACAUAAUAGUGUGACGUUGUGUAUUGGUGAUGUGUUACCUUCAAACCAUUUAAUGUUAUUCGGGUUGAAUCAAAUCUUAAUAGAUUGAUUUCAAAUCUUAAUUUUUUUUUUUGUUUGUUUUUUGAAAGAGUAUUAACCAAGGUUUUGCUUCUGCUUCAAGGCAACUCUGACAAUCUCAGUCUUAUCUUGUGAAUUCAUACAGUGUGUCACUGUUUUGGUUCAGUUCCUCAAAACUCAAAACUGUUUUUCCUGCAGGCAUAAUGUUCAUGCCCACUAGAUGGCCCUGUUUAUUUACUAUAUUGUUUCAGCCUCACUGUUGAGGUCAAUUUAAAACUCUAAUGUCAGCCAAGACAGCUGAGUGGCUGCUUGGAUAGGUGAUAUCAAAAUCUCUCAGAAUUUUACCUUGAUUUUCUUUCUUUUUUUUUUUUGUUUUAAUAUCUUUGCUAUACUGGAAUGAGUUACAUGAUUUCUUUUCUUUUCUCUGUCUCAUAGUGUUAAAUGAAAUCUUAAACAUUCCCACUGUGGGUGAUUGUGUUAUUGUGUGAUGAUGCGUCUUAAAGCUGAUGAGAAGUUGGAGAUUAGAUGUAAACAAUGUAGAAAGAUGUUUCACCAUAGAUGCAGCCUUAUUGCAGUGUGGCUAACAUGUCCUUUGUAAGCAUCAUGUCAUCUCAUGAGCAAGACAGGAUUUGGAAGCUAUUCUUUUACUCUGCGCACCGUAGCCAUGCUUUUCACUCUUGUAGCCAAUACACAAUACUUAAGCAGGUUUCAGUAGCUCACUCGGACCUUUGCAGUCCAGGGCUCAUCUGUACCUUACAAACCUAUGAUUACUGACACUUUUACCAUCCUAUGACUAAGGUGAUUCUGGGGAUCCUCAGGUGCUGUUGCACUCUCUGGCCUCUUAGUUUGUGCUAGUCAGGGUGCCCUUGAACUGACAUAACAGACAUGUUGCGUGAUGUCAUUAUAAAUCGAGUGAUUUCACAUCACGAUCUUAUUUUACCACACUCCUUGGCUGACUUUUUUUUUUUUUUACUGUGAGUACUGUUUGCUUUGUGUUGUUUCUGAGUGGGUAGAAAUUUCCUUCUUCAGAAACUGCUGAUCAGUUCAAGAUGAAGAGAUGCCUUUGGUUGUGUAUUUUAAGAUGUUUCUCUGCUCUCUCUUUCUGCUGUGUGUGUGUGUGUGUGUGUGUAUGAUUUGCUGAUAUACAACAUCUGCAGGCUGCAUUGAUGUUGAGUGCCUGUGUGUGUGUUAGUGUGUGCGUGUGUAUGAUCAGAAUUUGCUCUUUCUGCUUUUACAGUGUAAACAUUUGUGCAAUAUCUCUGCAGACUGUUGUCUCUCUUUAAAGCAGAGAGAAUAAAUGGAAAUCUUUCCCAUAAAGGACAGUAAUUGACGUUUGUAUAUGCUCUUCUUAUGACUAACUCCCAUGUGAAACUUGUCCAGGGUUAUUUCUGAGAUAUUUCUUUGAUUUCUUUUCAAAAAUUCCGGUUGGUGUGCUGAAUUUGAAAAUCUGUCAAAUCUAUGAAUUUAUGCUGUAGCUAUUUGCAGGUCAGGUCUUGCUGACCAGUGUGAUAAACAGUCUGCAUUAAAACGUGUUCAUCCAGAUGUGGUCUGCAAAUUUAAAAUUUAAAGACUUCGGUUAAUAAACUGUUCUUUUUUUGUCUGUAUUAACAUUUUAUUUUUGGAACACUGUUUUGUUCAAACAUUGACUCUUUACAGAACAUGUGAUCUUGCUUAGAUAAACAGAAAAAUAAC